AUGGCAUCAUCCAAAACCUCAACUCUUUCUCUCUCUGCAAUCACUGUCCUCCUCUUCAUCCUCUUCAUCCUCCUCUCUCUUCUCUCCUACGCAAAAGCAUCAGAAACCCACAACAACAAAACUUCAUCACCAUUUGAGUUCCUUGACCAUCUCAAGGGGUGUCACAAGGGUGACAAAGUUCAAGGCAUCCAAGACCUCAAAAAAUACCUCGAAAAGUUUGGUUACUUGAAUGGCAAUACCAACAAUGAUGACUACUUUGAUAAUGAAUUGGAGUCGGCCAUCAAAACUUACCAAAUCAAUUACCACCUCAAGGUCACCGGAACAUUAGAUGAGAAAACCGUGUCAAAAAUGGAGAUGCCUCGAUGUGGUGUACCGGAUAUCAUCAACGGUACCACCUCCAUGAGAUCAGGAAAGAAAAGGGGAGGACAUGGUUCAACUCACACAGUUGCUCACUUUUCUUUCUUCCAAGGAAGCCCAAAAUGGCCUGCCAAUAAGUAUCACCUCACCUAUGGUUUUCUUCAAGGCACCCCAUCUGAGGCUGUGGGCGCAGUUGCACGAGCUUUUGCAACAUGGCAGGGCAACACACACUUCACGUUCAGCCAAGCCCAAAGCAUUGAGAGCGCUGAUCUGAAGAUCGGUUUUGGAAGGCGUGAUCAUGGAGAUGGACACCCGUUUGAUGGGCCGCAGGGGACCGCUGCCCAUGCAUUUGCUCCAACAGAUGGGAGAUUUCACUACGAUGCUGAUGAGACGUGGGUUGUGGGUGCUGUGCCUGGUGGUUUGGACUUGGAGACUGUGGCUUUGCAUGAAAUUGGGCACCUUCUUGGGCUUGGCCAUAGCUCUGUUCCAGGAGCUGUCAUGCUUCCUGAAGUCCGCACUGGAUUUACCCAGAGCUUGCAUGCGGAUGAUAUUCAAGGAAUUAAAGCUUUAUACAACACUUGA